GACUGUCACCGAUUUGUUGAAGUAUUGCCACAGCUGUUCCACUGACAGCUAUCGAAAACCAAUAGGAAAAAAAAGGAAAACACACAAGACUAAAUUACAAGAGCAAGAGUAUAUUGUGCAAACGACAAAAUUCCCACUGUACAAAACUGCUGAUGUUCAUAGUGUGUUUAUUUUUUUGUUCUGUUGGUUCCACAUUUAAUUUUGUGCACAACAUUGUUAUUUGCGCUUAUGCAGUUUCUAUAUUUUUUCAAAUACAAUGACUCGAUUGCAAUGUUAGUUGCCGUACAAGCGGCUACUUUAUGUUAAUUAUUCGGAAUAAUAAUUGUUCGUGAUUGAGUGAGUAUUUGCAAAUUUGUUCGUGUUUUCGUGUGCUGUGCUGUGUGCUCUACUCUGCUGUACCCAUCACAAUUCAAUGGCAUUUUGAUUGUGUUGAUGAAUUUAAGAAAUGACUAAAUGAACCAAAUAAAUUGCGUUUAUCAAAGUAGUGAAGUAGUAAAUCACGACAAUCGAGCACAUUGUCAUUCAUUACAACACAACAGGGUGAAACAAAACAAAACAAAACGUAACUGAACGGCGUUGCGAUUGAAACCGAAGAAAAAAAGAAUCAUUCGCUUUUAUAUCGAGCUGUAUCGCAUUCGAUCGAAAGGAAAUCGAUUCUUUUUUUCCCUAAUAUAAAAAUACAUCGGAAAGUGCUGCUAUUACCAAGCAGCAGCUAUCAGCAUCGUCAUCAUGUUUGUCAAUGUGUUGCGAAGUUUAUUAGGCGCUGAUGCCGGGCCAAAUAAGGUGAUUGAGAUAAAAACGGACACGCUAGGCAAUUUGCCAGUGUUGCAUCGUGAUGAAGGAAUGGUGCUGUAUGGUCCAGUUCUUGGUCAAAUCGAAAGUCGCAAGAUUCAAUACGAAAUCGUACUGAAUCGGCCAUGCAGCGACAAUUUGAACACCGCAUUUAGCUUGUAUCGGGCAUCCAAUCAGACCGAAGCCGAAGAGAAAUUCAAUGCUUUUUUGCAUCGACUACCAUCAUUUGUUUCAAUGGCUAAAGAGAUGUACAACAUUAAUGGUCUACAAAAAGUGUGCGAUAUUCUGUUGGAGAAUCCAUCAUGGACAAUAGCUCAUUUAAUAUCCUAUUUCAAUUUGACCGAAUACAUUGGUCAUCUCAAAGUAGGGGAUCUGAUCGAUGAACCAGAUUAUGCGACCAACAUGACACCAAUCCAACUAGCCAUUAAAUGCAACCACCUCGAAAUGGUGAAAAAACUAUUGCCGCAGUGUAAACUCAACCACUUGGAUAAUAAUAUGAAUUCAAUAUUUCACUAUGCCGCACCGACUACAAAAGAAAUCAUCAAUUUGUUGGUCACAAAAAGCACGGAAAACAUAAAUAAUUUGAAUAACGAAGGCUAUACACCGCUACAUUUGAGCUGUCAAUGGGAUAAACCGGACUGCGUGAAGGCAUUGUUGGCGGCUGGUGCUGAUGCCAAUAUACAAAGUGCUAAUUCCAAAGGGCCAAGCAAUAACAGUACUAUUGCAGUCUGUCGUGAGUUAGAUACACGAAAAUUAGCGACCAGUGAGAUGAAGAAUGGUGGUACCCCACUCCACUGGAGCACUUCGCGUGAAGUGUUGCUCGAGUUGAUUUUACGUGGGUGCAAUGUGAACGCCGUGAAUUUUGAUGAAAAGUCAGCGCUGCACAUAAUGGUUGAAAAGAAUAGCAUCGAAUGUGCAGUGGCAUUGUUGGCGCACGAGGCCGAAGUUGAUAUCGUCGAUAAGGAUGGUAACACACCGUUGCACAUUGCAAUCGAAAAGAAACUACUACCAAUGGUACAGUGUUUAAUUGUGUUUGGUGCUGAUUUCGAUCGGUUAAAUGGCCAAGGCAAAACGCCACGUCAUAUGGUUGGCAAAAGCUCACAGCGAAAUUUAGAUGACAAUAUUCUGUAUAUUCUGCACUCGGUCGGUGCACUGCGUUGCCCCGAAAACAACACCAACUGUCCGAGUGGCUGUAAUUUUAGCGGUGAUUACAAUGGUAUUCCGCCCGAACAGCCGGAGUCGCCCGAACGACGGGAACAAAUCUACCAGGUGCUGGCAUCCACAAGUCGUUCACAUCGAAAUAACAUAACCAAUAACAUAACCAACAACAUCACCAAUUUUCUAUCGAAUUCAACAAGCGUCGACUCACCGACUGGACCACAAGUGCCAGUUCGAACGAUAGUGGAUGUGAGUGCCGAGGAGAAGGGUCGUACAAUAAUGGACACCUUGUUGAGUAUGUUUCUGAAAAAGGAAACUGCACCGAAUCUCAUUCGCUUCGACAAUGAAUCGGAAACGAUAAGUCACGGUGACGAAGCAGAGGAACAAAUGGAUGGCAUUGAAGUUACGGACGGUGAAACGGAGGAAACAAGCGCAGAAACCGCCGAAAAGAAGUCAGAAUCGGGUCGUGGCCGGCUGUUGUGCAUGGACGGUGGUGGUAUUCGUGGCUUAGUUCUGGUACAAAUGUUGUUGGAAAUUGAGCGAAUCGCUCAAACUCCGAUACAUCAUAUGUUUGAUUGGGUAGCCGGUACAAGUACGGGUGGUAUUUUAGCUUUGGCAUUGGGUGCAGGCAAAACCAUGAAACAAUGCAUGUGCUUAUAUCUGCGCAUGAAGGAACAGGCAUUCGUUGGUUCACGGCCAUACGCGAGUGAUAACCUUGAAAAUCUAUUGAAAGAUACAUUGGGUGCACACACCGUUAUGACCGAUAUUAAAAAUCCCAAAGUCAUGAUCACCGGUGUAAUGGCUGACCGCAAACCAGUCGAUUUACACUUUUUUCGUAACUACACAUCGGCCAGUGAUAUUUUGGGCAUCGUCACACCUGACCAAAAUCGCCGCUGUCCACCUCCACCACCAGAUAAGCAACUGAUUUGGAAAGCGGCACGUGCAACUGGUGCAGCUCCAUCGUAUUUCCGUGCUUUUGACUACUUUUUGGAUGGUGGUCUUAUCGCAAACAACCCAACAUUGGACGCAAUGACCGAAAUCCAUGAAUACAACAUGGCUUUACACAGCGUUAAUCGUAAAUCCGAAAUAACGCCCGUUGCAGUGGUGAUUUCGCUUGGAACCGGCCUCAUUCCGGUUACCGAACUCAAGGAUAUCGAUGUUUUCCGGCCAGAGAGCUUGAUUGACAUGUACAAACUGACUCAGGGCGCUUCUGCAAUUGGUAAUUUGCUUGUCGAUCAAGCAACAGCCGCUGAUGGACGGGUGGUUGACAGAGCACGAGCAUGGUGCAGUAUGAUUGGAACGCCAUAUUUCCGGUUCAAUCCACAAUUGUCCGAGGAUAUUGCAAUGGAUGAAAAGAACGAUAUUAAAUUAAUUAAAAUGCUAUUUGAGGCAAAAGCUUACAUGCAUAAAAAUCGAAGUAAGGUCAUCGAAAUGAUAAAUUUAAUCAAAUAGAUUUACUUCACAUCCACAAUUCUCUACGCAACUGUUAUUUGUUAUAUAUUGUGUCAACAAUUUGAUGUAAGAAGAAGAAGAAGAAGAAGAAGAAAAACCCGUCACUCAUAGGUCUUUGUCUAUCGAUGUCAUACUGUGUUGAAUUAUUUGAGAUUGAAAUUGAAAAUGAAACUCGAGGCCCCACUUACACACAUAAAUUAUAUAAAACCAAAUCUACUAUUUACUAUAGACAACAACUUCAUAUAAAAAUCGGCUAAAUGUAAUUUAUUCGCUGCCUAAAUGCAAGUUCGUUCAUAAAAUAACAUUCUUUUAUUGUAUUGAAUUGUUGUUGUUGUGAUUUUCUAUUCGUAAGAAUUGUGAUUGAACUUUAUUUAUUUAUCGAAAUGAAUCGCAUUCAAAUGCCAUCAUUUCAGUAGUGAAAACACCAUUGUUUAGAAGAACAUUUUCAACCCCCUCCCUCUUUGAGAAUGAAAAGAAAGCAACAAUUGUUCAAAAUUUUGAUAAAUAUAAAUCGCAUGAAACUCAAACGGAGUGUGGCAAACAGACUGAUGCAUUCCUUUGUAAAAACGAAAGAGAAAAUAUUUAAAUAAUUUAAUAAACACAAAAAAAACAAA